AUGGAUUACGCACGAAAGAUUGGCAAAUCGGACGAACCGAAACGAUGGGUGAAACAGUUUACGACAGUUGUCACUGCGCGAGAUAAAUUUAUUAGCCCGCAGUUGCCUUUCCCCGAGGAUCGGCGCUUGGUGAACUGGCAGAAAUGGUUAGAAAGAUGGAGGCUACAGUACAAACAGAUCAGGUCUACGACCGGUCGUCAUCAAAACGAUCAAAUUCUGAAUUCGUGUGAAAAAAUACGACCGCUGGUGGAGAUGAGAAAUCUGAUGGAUUACGCGACGGUGCCGGUGCCGAUUAUUCCCGACAAAUAUCGCGGCGGGCCAGAGUUUUGGCGGACUCCGGAGAAACUGCCUAAACGCGUCUCCUGUUUGCCGGACAUUACGCUCGUUCCGAUGAAAAAGGAGCUAAAUAUAAUCCCGGAGUUGACGUACGUCGGCACGCCUGAACUGAUAGAAAAAGAGAAAGAUCUGCUCGAUUUGAAAUCGAAGGAACCGUCGUGGAAGCGGAGUCGUUAUUUGGAAAGAAGGAGGAGAGACUUGUCGAGGGAAAUAGAGGCGCUGAUGCCGAACGAACCAGAAACGAGUGAUUUGGCGAUUAAGAAUUAUGUCCCACCGAAAGAGGAACCAUUCGCAAGAAUUCCAUGGGUAACAAUAACCGACAUAGAGGAGGAAGAGGCAGAGGAAGACGAGCCCUGUCGCGUCGAGCAAGCGAUCGUCUUGAAGAUCCAAGAUCGUGAAGUCGUUUGGGAAGGAUUUCCGUCGAACCGCGGAACGAAACCAGACUCCAUUACAUGGAGUUUAACAUUUCUCGGCGAAGUUGAUAAACGAACAGAGAAAGAAAUCGUGUUCGAGAAUAAAGGGAACCGCGUGAUCGUCUACCAAUGGCGGGGCGCAGAUUUUCGAUGCAACGGGAUUCAUUUGGCCAAACGAACGAGCCCUUUCUUCUUCAACAAGACGAAAGGAGUGAUCCUCCCUGGACAGAUCGUAAAAUUGAAAGUAUGGUAUCGAGCAAGAAACGCUCGUUUCUUUACUGAAUUUUGGGAACUUGUAACCGAUCCGAUCUUGUGUUCGUCGUCGUUGGUGUUUCGAUUCUCGGGUUGCUCGAACGAAAGCUCAAACGUUCGUUUGGCGAAGUUGGAGUCUGUACAGAUAGUCGACAAAUACUUAGAUCGCUGCGUUAGAGAUGCCGCGAUACGAGAGAUAAUUAACGAUAUUAUGGAAAACGUUAGUUUGACCAAGCAUCCAGAACCAGCGUACGGUAGCUUGUUUUUAGAGUCGGAUGUGUUUGCUAUGAAGAAUCCACUGUGUUAUCACAAUCCGACUCUGUUGAUAAAAUUUCACAAGGUUUACUACGCCGCGACGAAUCAAACGAAAUACCGUUGGAAUAUGUCGUUGAACGAUAUACGAGACACCUUGUUGGAAAUUAAGCAAUCUGAACGUAGAAAUGUCAUGUUGUCACAAUUCAGCGGACUUUACAAAGAAUGUUUGGAGCCUACAUUGUACAGAUCUGUGCAGUGCAACAAGUACGAAAUGGUGUAUAACAUACUGUGCAUGUUUUUCAAUUUAUUCGAGGGUGAAAGCGAAUUAGCAAAGAACGCUUACUUACGAAAUGACCAUAAAGAGAUUUCUGGCGUGUCUUUGACGAUAAACGUAUCUCGGCAGUCUAUCAAGGACAAUAAUCUACGAAAUAAACGAGGAAAAAAAUCGAAUAUUCGUUUGCAAAACAGUCAGGUUCAAACAACAGUCAAAAGCUGUACAAUUCCCACCGACGAUUCUCUUUAUGGAGAAAUAUUUUUUAUCCGUAUUUAUGAACUUUUGGGACAAACGAUAGUACGAAUAUUCGCAUCCAUCGAGUCGUUUAAUAAUUUGAACGAGCGUGAUAAAUGA